AUGUCGAAAAAGGUCUCGAAGGGCGCAAUUGGGGAACUCCUAAGUUCAACAAAAAAUGCAAUUGCAUUAUGGAUCCAAGUGAUAGACUGUAACGGUAAGAAAAACCAAAGCCAGUUAUCAACGCAGAUAAAAGCUUCGAAGCUUGAAAAACCAUUGGAUGAUUUAACAAAGAUUACAACAUUGAUGCAUGCUCAUGGAACCAAACUCGGAAUAGUAUUCAAGGCACCGAUACCGGAGGAAAAUUAUCAUGCAUGUUUUAAAGAACUUGAAGGCUGCGUGAAGACCUUGAUGCUUUUCAUGAGUUUGUUUAAACAGCUUGUGAACGAGGAAAACAAAUACUCUCAUCUUUUUAUUGAUGAACUCACAAAGGCGGCAAGGUCACUUUUAUCAGCGGUGCAGGAUCUUCUUGCUGAGAUGGAAAAGGAAUUAAACAACACAGAGAGCACAAACCGCAAAGAAAGACUUAUUUCCGUGGGAAAAAUAUGGCAGGCAUGUAAAAAUAUUGAUGAUGACUUAGGGGAAGGACCAUCCGGAAUAAUUAAGAAGAGACUUAGAGAGACGAACAGGCUCAUCAAGGAUGCGGACCAGGAGUAUGAGGAGUGGCUCGAGAAUCCAAGCACAGAGAAUUAUGACAAUGAUCUAGACGAUGCAUUUGGAAUUGAAAGUGAGAAGGGGGAUGUAGAGCAAACUGAACAGGGUGAUAAUGUAGUUGAAGAGGGAUUCUUGAAGUAUGCGAAGGGAAAAGCAUCAAAGUUACGGAUGAUAAGACUAUUGAUAGUGUCGCUCAACAAAUCAAUACCAUCAAGCCGGUACAAUGUAAGAUACGCCAGAAGCAUCGACUUGUUGGACUCCGAGCGUGUCAGAUUAGCAGCAAUAGUUGACGAUUUUGUGGCUGCUGUAGUGUAUGACCAGGAUAUGGAAGAGGCGGUCAAGGCUGGCGAACUUUUACAGAAACAAGCAUUGAAGAUUGCCAAACUUGUUUCGAAGUUGAAUGAGGGAAAUAAGCUUCGUACGGGCUGGUUGGAGACCUGGCAACGGAAGUUUACCGAAGAAGCACCACAGUAA